AUGCUAUCACCCAACCCAGAUAUUCCACAACCACAACCUACUGAUCCACCACUUCAUCAUAAUACAAUUGCAGGGGUUUUAUCAUGUCUGAUAGCUGACACUACAAUGCACCCUUUGGAUACAUUGAAGACCAGGCAACAGGGUUCCAGCCAAAACGUUUCACUAUACAGUUAUUUCAUCAAAUUAUCCAGACAAGAAGGAUUUCGUGGGUUUUAUUCAGGAUAUUCUGCUGCGUUAAGCGGCUCAAUUCCUUCUGCAGCAGUAUUUUUCACAACGUACGAAUUUAUUAAGAGAGAAUUACGACCGUAUAAUGAGCCAAUUUCCUUUUUAAUUGGUGGUCUAAUGGGUGAUCUUCUAAGUAGUGUUGUGUACGUUCCUUCUGAAGUUAUUAAGACAAGAUUACAAUUACAAGGAAAAUUCAGUAACCCGUUCUAUGUAAAGAACUAUAACUACAGAAACUUCAGAUCUGCCAUCAAGUCCAUAUGGAAAGUAGAAGGUAGAAGCACAUUCUUCUGGGGCUACGGUGCUACUCUUGGUAGAGAUCUACCGUUUAGUGCACUCCAAUUUGCCUUUUAUGAAGAAUUAAGAAAGUUUUGUAUUUAUCUUAAAAAUCAGAACCAAACUAAUCCAUUCGGACUAAAUAUAUCCAACAACAAUAAAAAUGAUAACUAUCUACCCUUAAGUUUGGAAUUAUUAACUGGUGGGAUAGCAGGUGGGCUGGCUGGUGCUAUUACCACGCCUUUGGACGUAGUUAAGACCAGAAAGCAAACCCAAAGUAAUUUCAAUGGAUCUUUGUACCAAAACUUGCUCAGCAUAAAGACUACUCAAGGCUAUUCUGGCUUGUUCAGUGGAAUAGGUGCCAGAUGUGUCUGGACAAGUGUCCAAAGUAGUAUCAUGCUUGUUGUGUAUCAGUUCCUGCUUCGAGAAAUAGACUCUCCUCAUCAUUUCAAAUAUUUGCAUAGUUAA